AUGAAGAGAAUUUUUUCUGGUUCAAAGUCACCGGAUGGGCUGCCAAAAUCGCCAAUCAAUAGUCCCAAUAUAGGCAAGUCAAUUUUAAAAACGUCAGGCACAUUCAACCAAGAUAAUUUGACCUCUAAAUCAGCCGUUUCUCCAGAACUGGUGCCUAUUUUAACGCUAUUAACAGCGCAUACUCACAGAAGAUAUCAUGAAGGUGUAUUAUUAUUUUUACAAGAUCUAAAAGGUGAUGGUUCUGUUGGUGGCCGUAAAUGGAAAGAAGUAUACGCGGUGCUUAUAGGUACGCAAUUAGCGCUAUGGGACGCUCAAGAAUUAGCAGAACUCAACCAAGCUGAGAGGUUGGAUGUAAAUAAAGUCUCUGCUAAACUAAAAGAAGCUGUAUCAAAGCCCACGUACAUAAACUUUACAGAUUCUACUAUAAAGCCUUUAGGUGCUGGUGAUAGAGCAGUCACGGAAUCUGGCAAGAAGCUAGAAAAUGUUCUUAUUGUAUCUUCAACGUUAAAGAACAGGUAUUUCUUACAAUUUAGUAAUAAGGAUUCGUUUAAUGAAUGGCAUGCUGCGCUAAGAUUAUCUCUUUACGAGUGUGCUUCAUUACAAAUGGCUUAUACAGGUGCGUUUCUUUCCAGUAGAGGUGCGAAACUUAGCGAUAUAAAGGUGCUGCUAGCUGAUGUGAAGUAUGAUUAUGAAGAUUGGGUUAGCGUCAGAUUUGGCGCAGGUAUGCCCUGGAAAAGAUGUUAUGCCGUUAUUUCUCAACCUACAAAGAAAAACUCACUUGGAGAAAUAAAUUUCUAUGAGAGUGAUAAGAAAAUAAAGAAGUCAAACUCUAUGGCGAAAGUUAUCUCUGCAGAGUUUUUAUAUGCUAUUUAUCCUUCAGCAGUACAACUGAUAGAUGAUUCUACGAUCAUUAAAUUAGAAGGAAAAAUAAGCUUCAAUAAAAAGGAGGAUCCGCAAGAUACUACGGUAUUUAUAAUGCCUGAGAAGCAUAAUGCUGUUCCAGGCUAUGAUACUGUCAUUAGGUUUUUAUUACCAGCAUUCAAUGCAUUUAAAUUAUAUGGUAGACCUAAAAAGCUUAAAGCGGAUAAGCGGGACCAAGACUCCCUUAUUUUUGCAUUACCUGUUCUACCGCAUAUUUAUUACUUAGAAGUUUCAGAUCUGAUUCAACUGUCUAGUUCAAUGAGCUCCAUAGGUUGGGAUAAUAGAGAGUGGUGGAACCAAAUAAGAGGGGUAUUACAAAGAAAGUUAAAUGAAGGUUCUUCCGGUUGUGGAUCAAUUGUAGAAGCUUCUACUUUCUUAGGGUCACCUUUGCUUGGAUCAAACGAUCUAUUUGACACUAGUAAGUCAAUUGCUUCACCUAGAUCAGUAUCACAGCCAUUAAUGUCUGGUAAACCGGGCUCUGCUUCAAAUUCAUCUGAAAGCUUAACAAAUUCCAAAGACAGGAGUAGGGGCUCACCAUCAAAAGGCUCUAACCAACGUCGCAUCGUUUCAGAAAAAGCAUCAUCACAAGCAAAGCCUGCGAACUAUGUACCCACAAUUCCACCUCUUCCAAAUAAUCAAAACCAGAGAAACUUCCAACCUUCUGUACCAGCACAGCAUAUUAAUAAUGCUAGAGACACGAACAAGAGUGGCAAACCAAGAGAUUUAAAUAUUGUCGAUUCGAACUUCAACGCAUAUGGCAAGGACCAUCUAACUGUCAAGCAAGAUGAUUCCAAAAAACUGUCCGUUGCUUCUGACUUAGCCUCACUAAUUGAGAAAUAUUCUGACGAUGAGCUCGAACACAUGACAGGCAAUGAAGUCCAAGGCAGGAACUACAAUAAGUUAGAUCGUCGUUUCAAUGAUGCCAAUCCAAGGCAGAGAGGUGAAAAUGAUGCUAGCUCUGAUGAAAUUAGUGAAAUGGCAAGGAGUAUAAACGAGUUUGGAUUUGAACAUCCGCAGAAAGUAAUGAAAGGAAAUUUCGGGUCUAGCGGUACACUACCAAUUCAGGAUGGCCCAGACGAAUCUAAUCUUUUUGAUCCUGAUUACUUGGUCCAGGAUGAAGCGAUGUCGAUAGGUCACAAUGAUGCAUAUGGCGAUUUCAACAAUCCUUACAGUUCAAAAUUCAAAGGUGAACUAGUUAGUCCAAAGAUUGGAAACAAUCCACUACCAUACCCUGCUGAGGGAGGCGAUACCCCAACCAAACAGGAAAAGACUUCAAAUAAUCAUCUCAAUGCGAUGGAAAAUACAAAUCUACCCGUCAAUCCUUAUGAUAAACCAAAGAAUAUCGUACCUAACAAACAAGCAGGAUACCCAUCACAAAGCGUGCAAAGACCAAGUAAUGAUCUUGGGAAUAGUGCACCUGUUAAGCCAGGAUAUGCCAAUACCAGACCAAAUAUGCAUACACCGCCGCCACAAGGCGUAAGGACAGGCGCACCAAGUGGCAGUUAUGUUAGCCCUAAUAACAAGAUGGGAUAUGCAAAUGGUCCCAAUCCACAGCAAAUGUACAGACCACCUGCGAGAGAACAAUUCAACAGUGGUUCACCUAACGUGAGAGGAAAUUCUUCCUCACCAGUAAUUGGUCAGCAAAGUCCUAUGAAUCCGCAACAGCACAACAUGCGCCCCCCACCUGGCCCUGGUACCAACCAGAUGCGUAUGUCGCCUGGGUCUCCAAACAUGCCUGGACAAGGCUACCCACCUCAGCAGCCACCUUAUCCACAGAACAUGCCUAUGCAAAGACCCAUGGGUGGCCACCCACAGAACAUGCCCAUGCCUCCGUAUGGCUACAACAAUGCCCCACCAAACCAAAUGGGUGGGUAUGGGUACAAUCAGAGACCAGGGUUCGGCAGCCCACAGUAUCCUAUGCCUAAUGGCGGCAUGCCAACGGGUGUUCAGAGCGCCAUGGGCCGUGGACCCAUGCCCCAAUGGGGCCAGGGUCAAGCUCCAGGUGGCAAGCAGAGAGCCAAGGUGAAAGGCGGUUUUUCGCAGUUCAUGCCACCAUCCAACACAGCUACGAAUCCAUACUCCAACCAGUAA